AUGCCAGAACUUCUUUCAAAAAAGAUUGGUCGCAAACCACUCUUUGAUAAAGCGUUUGAGGACAUGCUAGUAAAUUACGCCCUUAUAAUGGAAGAUAAAUUAUAUGGUUUGACUCAAAUGGAUAUGAGAAGAAUAGCGUACCAACUUGCUAUCAGAAAUAAUCUGUCGAAUCCAUUUAAGGAUGAAAAAGCUGGCAGAUACUGGCUAAAAGGAUUUCUCUCAAGACAUAGGCAAAUACUAUCAAUGCGGAAGCCUUCUGAGACAUCAUUUGCUAGAGCAAGCGGAUUUACGAAAGAAAGAAUGAACGAGUUCUACGAUAACCUUGACAAAGUUUACGAUGAGAAAAAAUUUACUGCUGAUCGUAUUUUCAAUGUCGAUGAGACAGGACUAUCUAUUGUCCAAUCUAAAUACCCUAAAAUAAUUGCUCGUCGCGGCAAAAAACAAAUUGGAGCCAUAACGUCCGCUGAAAGGGGGUUGGCUCAUUACAAUAGUGACCUGUAUGAGUCCUGCUGGGAUUUUUGUUCCGCCAAUGAUAAUUUUCCCCCGCAAAAAUAUGAGCGAAAUUUUAAUGAAAGGCGCACCUGUGGGAUCGAUUGGACGGGCACAUCCAUCUGGUUGGAUACAGACAUAUUUGUUCACUCAAUGGUUCCAGCAUCUUAUUGA